AUGACAUUAGAAUUUUUGAAUACGUCCGAGGCUAUAUUUCGUGUAUUGAGGGAUUCAAAAGUUUCAUAUUCCGAAAAGGUUAUUGUUGCCACCCGUGUGUGGAAUUCGACUGAUAUAUGCUUUCUAAAUAAAGUGGGUUUCUUGUCAGAAUGGGUUUGUUCAACUUUGAUUAAAUCAACUGGAUUUUCCGAAGUACGGCUUGGUGAAACUCCAUAUUUGAAUUUAAGUUAUUGGAAAUUGUUUAAAGAAGCGUUGGAAAAGACUAGUGAUUCUUCUACACCGUCACCUUUAUACAAAUUACCUUUGAUUCCUAUAUUUUUCAGUGUAGUUGACUAUAUAUCAUCAUUGGAGUCAAUAAGUACUCAUAGUACUGAUGAUUUGAUUGAGCAUUUACUGGAAACUUUUGAUGCCUGUUUUUACAAACUUACAACAGAAAAAUCUACCAUAUUCAGACCGCCGAUAGAUCAUUUAGUUACAUUAGCUUUAAACGCUUGUAAUCUCAUCAUGACCAUAAAUACUUCUUAUGACAAUUAUGAGAUGAGCGUUGAGUAUAGCCAAUCUAGAGUCAUUUUUUUGCGAUUUGAGCUAUUUUCAAAAAUCAUUUCAUUUUUAGAGUGCAGUCUGGUAAAAAGUUCAAAUCCAAAAAAGGCAUACAACGUGCUUAACGGAAAAAUGUUUAAUAAACUUCUUCAUGUUCGUUCCUUUGUAUUUCAUCUCAAAUCAUCAGGGCAACAAAAAGACUGUGACUAUGUCAUAUUUAGUAAAAUCAUCAAGUCAAUUGAUAACAUUUUUAGACUUGGACUUUUUCAACAAGAUCAUAUAAUAGAAUAUGCUACUCUACCUGAGUCAAAUAAAGAUGUAUCUGAUAAAAGAAAUGAUGGAAAAGGCUUAAUUAAUCAUCAUGAUCAGUUAUUUGAUAAAUGCCGUGAGAUUAUAAAUUCUAACGAUGAUAAAAAGCGAUAUCAACUAAGUGUUUUGGAAGUAAUUCCUUAUUGGUAUGGAUUCUUUGUCGAAGAACUACGAAAACACUUAGAAUAUAUUCUUGGUGCUGCCCCGGGUGAAUCAGUUAAAGCAGCCUUAGAUAAAAGAAGAAUAUUAGAAUUCAAUUUUUUUUCUGAAUUAUGGACUUUGAUUUCUGAAGCGUUGCCAAAUUUAAAAGAAAAUGAAAUUAAAAACAUUACUUUCCAAGGAUUUGACCUCUUACUGAAAUUAGAGCACAGAGUUAUUCAAUCACAUGUUAAAUCAUUAUGCAGUUUGAUGCUUCAGCAACCAUAUACUGAAUCUUCAAAUUCAUGUUUGACUCUGGGAAAAACUUUGUUGACCAUAUACUCUAAAUCCCAUGAAAUGGGUUUCUAUGUCAAAAGCUUUUGGUCUGCUCUUAAUGAUAUACCAGAUGCUAUUAUAAUCUUGAAAAAUCCAUUGUUUUCUAGAGAGCAUUUGGAUGA